GCGGCUGCGUCAACAGGACCAGAGCAGGAGACAGGAGACCCUUUAUUUUUUAUUUGUGAUCUGUGAUAUUAUGAUUUAAGAGGACUCAAAAAUUCAAACGGCUCAUGCCAGAUCUAUCACCCCCGUCAGAAGACAACGUUAAUUCGUGUACCACAGCCUCUGUCAGAAGAAAAAAACUGACUCAAGAAAAAAACGUUCGAUUGAUGGGGAAAAUUUUAGAAAUCGACAAGUGCUGGCGGACAACAGCUCUUCAAAGGCUUAUGUUUGAAAAUAUUGAGUCAAUAGAUGAAGUUGACGGACACAUCUCGUAUUCGGAUUUCUUCAAUGAUUUUAUGCUAGUCAACAAGCCUUGCCUGAUAGAAGCAAAUUUAACAGAAAACUGGAGGUGCUUGAGCGAGUGGGUCGAUCACACUGGCAGUCCAAACUUUGAAUUUUUGAAACGUCACUUUGGAAAUUCAGUGGCCCCGGUUGCAGACUGCAAUGAGCAAUACUUCAAUGCACAGAAAAAGCAGAACAUGCGGGUCACAGACUUUCUCGACUACUGGCGAAAGUAUGCCCUUGAUGGACAUCCUAAAGACCAGCCUUGCCUUUACUUGAAAGACUGGCAUUUUGUCAAGGAAUAUCCUGACUAUAAAGCAUACCACUGGCCAGAAAUCUUUCGGUCAGACUGGUUAAAUGAAUUUUGUGCCUCUGAAAAUGGUGGUGAUGACUAUAAAUUUGUCUACAUGGGACCCAAGGGGUCAUGGACACCAAUGCACGCAGAUGUGCUGUCAUCGUUCAGCUGGUCAUCAAAUAUAUGUGGACGAAAAAAGUGGAUUCUUUUUCCCCCUGGCACCGAGGAAAACUUGAAGAGCGCCCAUGGUGACUUGCCUUUUCAAAGGGACCUCUCGCCUGAAAUGACAAGAGGUGGAAUAAUCAUCGAUCAGCUGGCGGGCCAAACAAUUUUCGUGCCGUCUGGGUGGCAUCACCAAGUUUGGAAUGAGGAGGACACAAUAUCCAUAAACCACAACUGGCUAAACGGUUGCUGCAUAGAGGGUGCCUGGCGCAACCUCCUGAAAGGUCUUCGUGCAGUUGAGAAUGAAUUGCAGGACUGCAAGGACAUGGAAGGUUGGCUGGAGCAGUGCCAGGUUGUUUUGAAGGCUGUGGCAGGCGUUGACUGCAAAGGAUUUGCAGCCAUGUUGGCAUACAUCGCAAAUCAAAGAAUUGCUCAAAUCAAGAAAGAGGAAGUGCAGUUAGGAAAGGAACACACUAUCUUUGACUUGCGUAAAGUGCUCAACGUGUUAGAAUCGUUUGGACAAAAUGAAAUUUUAAAUGAUGUGGACACUUGUGAUUUUAAAAUAUUUUUGGAUUGCUUGGAAAAAGAAUAAAAGUGUAGAUAAAAUAGGAUGGUGUUCACUUCGCCUUCUGUGGACCCAUACAGUUACCAUCAGGGUACCUCUCAAAGAAGGCCUUUUUAAGCGCAGGGUCAACCAGUUUGACUCCGUUGAGCUGAUUUCCCAAUGUAA